CUGAACUCCCAAAUGUUUUUGCAGGACCUGAUGGCAGACCUGAAAUCUGAGCUGUCAGGCAGCUUGGCCAAGCUGGUGCUCGGGCUCAUGCUGACGCCGGCGCAGUACGAUGCCAAGCAGCUGCGGAAGGCUGUGGAGGGGGCUGGCACGGAUGAGAGUGUCCUCAUCGAAAUCAUGGCCACCCGGAACAACCAGGAGAUCGCAGCCAUCAACAAGGCAUAUCAGGAAGCCUACCACAAGCGCCUGGAAGACGACCUGAGCUCUGACACCUCGGGGCAUUUCAAGAGGAUCCUCGUCUCCCUGGCUCUGGGCAACCGUGACGAAGGACCAGAGAACCUCUCACAGGCACAUGAAGAUGCCAAGGUCGUUGCUGAGACCCUGAAACUGGCCGACGUCUCCAGCAACGACUCCAGCGACUCCCUGGAGACCCGCUUCCUCAGCGUCCUCUGCACCCGCAGCUACCCACACCUCCGCAGAGUGUUUCAGGAGUUCAUCAAAAUGACCAACCAUGACGUGGAGCACGCCAUCAGGAAGCGGAUGUCGGGAGACGUGAGGGACGCCUUCUUGGCCAUCGUGCGGAGCGUGAAGAACAAGCCGGCCUUCUUCGCGGACAAGCUCUACAAGUCCAUGAAGGGUGCCGGCACAGAUGAGAGGACCCUCACCCGGAUCAUGAUUUCCCGGAGUGAGAUCGAUUUGCUCAACAUCCGGAGCGAGUUCAUAGACCUGUUUGACAAAUCGCUGCACCACAUGAUUGAGAAGGACACCUCUGGCGACUACCGCAAGGCUCUGCUGGCCCUGUGCGGGGGGGAGGACUAGGCGGAGGGAGCCCCUUCUUCGUGUCUGAGCCAGCACGCACGCACCCACCGCCUUGAUGUCACUGCAGCUUCGGGG